GAGACAUUCGAGACGAACACAGAAACAGAAACAAGACAGGUCACAGAAGCUGCUGAUACAAAGCGGCUGGCACGGUUGAAGUACUUUCAUUCGUUUUCAGUGAAGGAGACGCCUGUGAUAGAAUUAUAAGCCUUUUCCCGGUUAAAGAUGAUUGGGCUUUGCAGUGUUGUAUUAUGUCUGAUCCUUAGUGACCCAAUCACCGGUGCCCAACAGGAGAGUCGUCUAUUGGGUCCUCAGGGGCGGAUCCUCUUUCAGCCACCUCCAACUCUCCCAACCUUCUCCGUCGACGACAACGGCAUCCCCAUCGGACCCCAGAGCCUAAUGCUAGCCGAACCGCCAAGUCCGAUGCCUAGUUUUCUUCUCCUAAAGCCAGCGCACCCGCCAAGCCCCGCCCCGGUGGGGCCACCAGGGGUCCGUACCCAGGAUCGCGGUCCCUCACCACCUGGGACUCAGCCAAGAUUUGGGGGAGAAGAUGAUGAUAACGCGACAACUCCCCAACCUAGACGAAGACACCAUCAUCGGCGUAGAGGGCACGGUGAACGGGGAUCCCGGCAUUUAAGCAGAGGUAGACACGGUUUGCGGUUCAGAGGACCCCCUGGUCACGCACGCGCCGGAUCCACGGAGCAUGCCCAAGCUGCACCCCCGGGGUACCGACAGUCUGGUCCUCCUGGUCUUACUCUGAAGGGACCAGCCGGAUUCUACCGUAGCGCUGGGGCGCCCAGUGUCGCGGCAGGCCCACCGCGAGAGGGAGCCUCUGUAAGAAACCCUGCUCCGGCUAGUCUCACUGAAUUGGAGUAUCUGCAAAGGCUAGCUCUUCAGCCAGGAAUGACCCUGGAAGACCUAAAGCCAAGAAGCAGGCCUGGGACUAAUACACAACCACCUAGAAAGACAACAGUCGUUGCACCUAGGACACGCCCACCGAGACCGACACGUGCAACUGCACGUGCGACGACACGUGCUACUGCACGUGCGACGACACGUGCGACUACACGUGCUCCGCCGAGAACUACAACACGUCAGACCAGAGUGGAAUCAUCCAACUGUCGCAACACCUAUCCCGAUAGCAAAUGCGAGUCGUGGGCAAGAACAGAUCAGUGUAGAGUCAAUCCAAGUUUUAUGCUUGAACACUGCAAGAAAUCGUGCAAAGUGUGUACGGGUGGUGGCGGCGAUGGGUCAAACAACGGCGGCAAUACCGACCAAGGCAAAACCGACAAGGGUGACUGUGCCGAGAACAAGCACCCAAACGACCAAGAAUGCGAAUACUGGGCUCGAAGAGGAGAAUGCGAGGCAAACCCGAGUUGGAUGUUGCAAAACUGCCGUAAAGCCUGCAAACCAGAGGACUGUGGUAGUGACAAGGCGUGCGUGAACGAUUAUGGCGACGACGCUCAGUGUUCUCGCUGGGCAAAUCGUGGAGAAUGCGACAACAAUCCUAACUGGAUGUUGGAAAACUGCCACAAGGCNACUUUGGAAAUUUUGCUUCCCUUUUAUCUCCCAAACUGGCAGAGAUAG